AUGUUCAUCACACAAUACUUUUCUAGUAGCCUGGAUCGAACCGGCACCCUCUGGCAAGGGACAGGUUUACAAUCCACUGCGCCAAUCGGAUCGUCGAAUACGUCCGUUCCCUCUGGGUUUUAUCGCGUGACGGCCGUUGUUAUUAAUCUCGCCGAUCUCGCGCCGACGGAGGCUGUUCCCAGGUCACGUGACACCGCGCACGCGACCCGGGACAGCGCCAGCGUGAUCGACGCCCCCGGUAACCCGAUCCCGGGUGUGCCGCCGUCGCCCGUUAUCGUUAACCGUGCGCCGGGCGUUUUCGUUUUCGCUAACGACGCCAAAUUGCCGGCCCCGGUGACGUGCGUAAACAGAAUUAUAACAACAGCGGGGCCCCCUAACGAUGGAGCCGCGGAG